GCUCUUGAAUCUGAAAUCAUGGCCCAGGACAUGACUCUGCUGUGGGGCUCCGGCUCGCCUCCCUGCUGGAGGGUCAUGAUCGCCCUGGAGGAGAAGCAGCUGCAGGGCUACAACAGCGUCCUGCUGUCCUUCGACAAAAUGGAGCACAAGUCCCAACAAGUGCUCGACAUCAAUCCCAGGGGGCAGGUUCCAUCAUUCAAACAUGGAAAUGUUGUUGUUAAUGAAUCCUAUGCAGCCUGCUUUUACCUUGAGAGUCGGUUCAAAUCCCAGGGAACCAAGCUGAUCCCAGACGGACCCGAGGAGCAGGCGCUGAUGUACCAGCGCAUGUUUGAGGGCCUCUCGCUCUACGAUAAACUGAGUGCGGUCAUCUUCUACGACUACUACGUUCCCGAAGGGGAGCGGCUCGAGUCGGCUCUGAAGAGAAACACGGAGACCCUGGUCACUGAGCUCAAACUCUGGGAGGGUUACCUGGAGAAGCUGGGCUCUGGUUCUUACCUGGCAGGAAAGGAUUUCACAAUGACAGACGUGGUUGUUUUUCCAACCGUUGCUACUGCCUUCAGGUUUGGGCUCUCUGCUGGGCGUUACCCCAAACUGGGGGCGUACCACGCUCUGAUGAAGGAGAGGCCCAGCAUCAAGGCCAGCUGGCCUCCUCAUUGGCUGGAGAACCCCAAGGGACAAGACACCCUGAAGGACAUCUGAACCGGACCGGGUCCAGUCACUCACGAGGAGCCUUGUAGUUCAGCUGUCAAUCAGAUCUUCUGGUAAUCAAGAAUGACUAACACAAGAUUCAGAUGUUGUUCUCUGAAAGGUCAAAAAGUUUCAAAGAUGGCGUCUUCUGAACUGUUUUUUUUUCCUUUUUUUUUUUUUUUUUUUGACAGAAGAUGAUUUUAGUUUGCCGUUUGUUGGUCUCCUUCCACUAAAGCUGCAUCUCUUACAAUCUGUUUUCACUUCUGCAUAGAAAAAAAAAAAACGUGUAACAAGUGUCUAACAAUUUCCUUCUUCCCACAAGUUUGUUCUGCUUCAAGUUUUUCUACACAACAUCCAGAGGCUAGCCCAAGAAAUGUUGCACUACAAAAAAACAAACAUUGGGGCCAUGAUUGUGGAAUAGGUCAAAUAAGGUCGGUGUGUUUAAAGGUGUUCAAAGUAUGACUGUGAGAGAUAAAAAUGAUCCGUGUUAUCUGGCUUAUCGUUUGAAAAUCAUUGUCAGAAACUGGUUUGCGCUACUCCGAGGGUGGCUCGAAUGUCACAUGCUGCAAUGACUUUGCAUGAAUCAGUGCUUUAAAAUUGCGUCCUUUGCAUAAUUUUGCAUUUCAUGUUCAGCUCUCAGACCAUCUGAGACCCAGCUGUGUGCUGUAUGUAGGUCAGUGUUUAUCUCAUUAUAAUGUGAGAGUCGGUCGCCUCCAUUGAACGAGUCUUUUCUCGCUGUAAACAUGAACAUCAUGUCCUGCACGUUUGGAGAAACUGGCACCAUGUUUUUGAGUAUUCCCUGUUUUUUUUUUUAACCCCCCCCCCCCCCCCCCCCCCCCCCCCCGUUAGUCUCUUUAUUAAAUGUGACGUUUACCAGUUUAAUAAAAUACGUUGACAGCA